GACGAGCACGGUAGGGCAGUCGGCGCGCGCGCGCACACAUUUACUUGGCUGCGUUUGCGUUGAACUUUGUCUAGACUCUCUCAUCGAUUGCUUUUUAGAAAACCAAGUAUAUAAUCAAAUACCUCUUCCCGGACCAUAGUCUGUACAGUUGUAAUGUAUUAGAAAGUAAAAUCGCCGCGUGCGAUUCAUCGUCCAUGUUUCUCGUCCGGUCUACGUGCAACUACGGUCGCCGAUUCUCACCUUUGCACACGCAAAUCAGUUGAGCCGCAAAAUCAUCGAAUAACGGCAGCCAUCUUUGCUGCUUUGAAAACGGGCUGUGGUUUGUGACAGAGAGACAGUAGUGGUUCUUCAUGCGGUUCACGCGAUCAUCCCGUCUCCUAUGUACGCUACGAAACAUUGGAAAUCAUUCUUAAGUGCGGCUAACUAAGAAAACCAAGGAACUCGUGUCACGAAUCCAGGCUACCGAAAUAUGGCAAUGGAGACGCCAAGGGAGCGUGAGAUUGCCGCGGAAGACAGUAUUAAGGUAGUCUGCAGGUUUCGACCUUUGAACGACUCCGAGGAAAAGGCUGGCUCUAAGUUUAUCGUGAAAUUCCCCUCCGGCGGCGAGGAAAAUUGCAUCUCAAUCGGGGGAAAAGUAUAUCUUUUUGACAAAGUAUUUAAACCAAAUGCUACACAAGACAAAGUAUACAAUGAAGCAGCUAGAUCAAUUGUCACAGAUGUGUUGGCAGGAUACAAUGGCACUAUUUUUGCAUAUGGACAAACAUCCUCAGGAAAAACGCACACGAUGGAAGGUGUUAUUGGAGAUUCAAAUAAACAGGGUAUUAUUCCCAGAAUCGUUAAUGACAUUUUCAAUCAUAUUUAUGGUAUGGAAGAAAAUUUGGAAUUUCAUAUCAAGAUAUCAUAUUUUGAAAUCUACAUGGAUAAAAUCAGAGACCUGCUUGAUGUAUCUAAAGUGAAUUUAAGUGUACACGAAGAUAAAAAUCGGGUUCCAUUUGUGAAGGGUGCGACAGAGCGUUUUGUAUCUAGUCCAGAAGAAGUGUUUGAAGUUAUAGAAGAAGGAAAGUCAAAUAGGCAUAUUGCUGUAACUAAUAUGAAUGAACACAGUUCCCGUUCUCACUCUGUAUUCUUAAUAAAUGUUAAACAAGAAAAUUUAGAAAAUCAAAAGAAGCUAUCAGGAAAGCUGUACCUUGUGGAUUUGGCUGGUUCAGAGAAGGUCUCGAAAACUGGAGCAGAAGGCACUGUGCUCGACGAAGCGAAAAACAUUAACAAAUCACUAUCAGCGCUUGGCAACGUAAUUUCAGCUCUAGCCGAUGGAAACAAAACUCACAUUCCUUAUCGUGAUUCAAAAUUAACUCGAAUUUUGCAAGAAUCUCUUGGUGGAAAUGCUAGAACUACAAUUAUUAUUUGUUGUUCACCAGCUAGUUUUAAUGAAUCUGAAACGAAGUCUACCUUAGAUUUCGGUAAGCGCGCUAAGACUAUUAAGAAUGUUGUAUGUGUCAAUGAAGAAUUAACAGCUGAAGAAUGGAAACGUCGUUAUGAGAAAGAAAAAGAGAAGGCAGCUAGAUUUAAAGGAAAGGUUGAGAAAUUGGAGGCCGAAUUGUCACGUUGGCGUCAGGGUGAAACAGUUAAACCCGAAGAACAAGUUAAUUUGGUUGAAGCACCAGAUGUUACAACACCAAUUAAUAUGUCCGUUGAAGGCAAAAUUGACGAUGGUCCAAUGCCAGCCACGCCUGGUGGCAACCUCAUGGCUGGAUCCUUAUCCAAUGAAGAAAGACAGAAAUUAGAAGAAGAACGUGAAAAACUCUACCAACAACUGGACGAUAAAGAUGAGGAAAUUAAUCAGCAAUCGCAGUACGUUGAGAAACUAAAAGAACAAAUGGACGAGCAAGAAGAAUUAAUUGCAAGUACGAGACGAGAUUAUGAACAGCUUCAACAAGAAAUGAAUCGUAUACAACAAGAGAAUGAAAGUGCGAAAGAAGAAGUUAAAGAAGUUCUACAAGCGCUUGAAGAACUAGCAGUUAAUUAUGACCAGAAGUCUCAAGAAGUUGAAGUAAAAAACAAAGAACAGGUAGCUCUGACGGAAGAACUAUUAGCAAAACAAGCAGCAUUAAAUACUACAAGUUCAGAAUUGCAACAAUUACGGGACAUGUCUGCUCAUCAGAGAAAACGCCUUACAGAAAUGUUAGCAAACUUCCUGAAAGAUUUAGGCGAGAUUGGAGUUGCCAUUGGUGGUGACGAAAACUUAAAGGUUGCACCAGAAAGCAAUGGUAAACUCGAAGAAGAAUUCACGGUAGCAAGACUUUUCAUUAGCAAAAUGAAAUCAGAGGUGAAAAAUUUAGUACAGCGUUGCCAAGGAUUAGAAAGUUUCCAAGUAGACUGUAACAAGAAAGUUGCUGAAUAUGAAAAAGACUUGGCCGAAUGUCGUCUACUAAUUACGCAACACGAAGCUCGAAUGCAAAUGUUGACAGAUUCGAUGAAAGUAGCAGAAGCACGUAAACGUGCUUUGGAAGAGGAUAUAGACGCUUUGCGUGAGGAAUGCGCUAAGCUGAAAGCUGCAGAGCAGGUACAAGCGGUUACAAAUAAAGAAAAGGCAGAAGAAAAGGAAGCGGCAACGAAGAUGAGAUUGGCACUUGAAGCGCAAAUGGAUCAGUUGCGAGAUGCUCAUCAGAAACAGGUUGCUGCGCUUAGAGAUGACGUCUCCGAGAAAGAAGAACUCAUCAGUGAGCUUAAAGAUUUGAAUCAGAAGUUUACGUUAGCCCAUCAACAAAUGCAAGCUGAUUACGAACGGUUGAAGCAGGAAGAGUCGAACAAGUCCGUAAAAUUGCAAGAAUUAACGUUGGUUAACGAACGUCGCGAACAAGCCCGAAAGGAUCUCAAGAGUCUGGAGGAAACAGUAGCCAAAGAACUUCAAACAUUGCACAAUUUGCGCAAAUUAUUCGUCCAGGACCUACAAACUAGAAUAAAGAAGAAUAUGAACUCGCAGGAAAACGAGGAUGAUGUCAGUGCACUUACUCAGAAACAGAAAAUCUCCUUCCUUGAGAAUAACUUGGAUCAACUGACAAAGGUUCACAAGCAACUAGUGAGGGACAAUGCUGAUCUCCGCUGCGAAUUGCCGAAGCUUGAGAAGAGAUUGCGGGGAACGACAGAGCGCGUGAAAGCCCUUGAAAUGGCAUUGCGCACUGCCAAAGAGAAUGCGAUGCGAGAUCGCAAACGCUACCAAUUCGAAGUAGAUAGAAUCAAGGAAGCUGUGAGACAGAAGACAUUGGCUCGUCGCGGACCUAUCCCACAGAUCGCUAAACCAAUCAGGGCUGGUCAACACCAUUUAACCAAUCUUAACGUUAUUAGAACAGGAAAUCGUGAUAUGGGUCACAACGUACAGUGAUCGUGAGCAUAAUGCCAAACCCUUCACUUUUACAGAAAACGUAUGCAAGAACGCUUUCAUCAA